AUGUGCUAUAAGAAGUUCACAACGUGGAAGUUCUUUUAUUCUCACAUAAAGAAGAAACAUUGUGAUAUAAAGUCUGAGCAUAUCGCAUAUCGAAAAAAGGAGGCAGAUGAAUACCAAACAAAGAAAAGAUCGAAAAAAUUGAAAUUGUGCUUGCCUGGUGAAGGCGUGCGUUCUCGAAGUCUGAGUCCAGAGUGUAGCGGAGCGGUUCGUGAUCAGCGCGAAUUGGAUGGGACUGGUUUGCAUGACGCUGACAACUGCAAUAUUUCACCACUUGAAGAAAGUAAUAACAAAGAUCAGGAAAUGGUAGAAAUCAAAGAAGAGAGCAUGGAAGUCGUUGCUGGCUGCUCUGUUGCUCCUUGGUUCGAAAGUGCACAAGAAGACAGUCAACAUGAACAUAAGCAAACUAAAACCAAGAAAGGUCGGCAGAGCAGUACACCUCCAGCUACUCAAGACAGUGGAGAAGAGAGGCAUAGCUCGAUGAGUCUGAGGGCAUCACGUAGUCGUCGCUCAUCCACAUCUCUAGAGCUGCCUCGAGAGUCUUCUCCGAAAGCACUCACUCCAUCUACGACCCCUGAAGACUCGAUCAUGAAAGACGUAACAAAGGUACGUAGCUAG